CUCAAUAUGUCGGUGCGAAAUUCUUUUACAUCAUAAAAACCGCAAGGCAAACAAGGAAGUGUUCUUUAUGUACUUUUUAUAAAUUCAUUAUUGCCAAUAUACUGAAUUGUAUACUAAGUUUCGUUUGAAUAGUGAACACAAAUAACUGAGUGCUAGUGGGAAUCCUCUGAGCUUUCAGAAAUGGGAAGCCAUUCUAUGCCAUCAAAAACCGUGGUUGUGACAGGGUUUGGCCCUUUCGGAGACCACACAGUCAAUGCCAGCUGGGAAUGCGUUAAAUGUCUUCAAGAGAUGACGCUUGGCGAUGACAUCAGGCUAUUUGUUCAUGAGCUACCUGUGGUUUACACAAUUGUGAAGAAGAAAGUUCCGGAAAUAUGGGCUGAUCACAAGCCGGAUCUUGUGGUUCACGUAGGCGUAUCUGGUUCUGCACGUGAGCUAACACUAGAGCAGACGGCACGCAACACCGGAUACCACAGACUGGAUGUAGAUGGAUGCCCAGCAGACAGCAUGUGUUGUGUUGAUGGUGCAGACGAUUGCAUCACGUCUGGUAUAAAUAUGGCUCUCGUCUGCCAAGAACUGAAUGAAGCUAACAUCAAAGUUAAAGCCGUUAUAUCAAAUGACGCAGGAAGAUACCUUUGUGAUUUUUCUUUCUACUCAUCGCUACAUAUAGACCGCAACAGGUGCGCGUUUGUGCAUGUGCCUCCCUUGAACACGCCAUAUACAGUACACGAGAUGGCAGAAGGGCUACGGAUUGCCAUCUUAGCAAUGUUAAAACAAGUGGAACAGUCGACAUGAUCUCGCUGUGAACGCUUUCAUCUUUAAACCUUUGAAACUAAAAACAUUUACAGAGAUUUUCUACAUUAUCAACUUACUUAAGUACACUUUAACAUACACACAUAAUUUUAGUCUACAUGUUUAUACCAAAUGCUGUUUUUGUUUAGAACUUGUUAGAUUGUUAUUUAUUAUGUCCCCCCUUUGAAGAAGAGGGGGUAUAUUGUUUUGCACUUCGGUCUGUCGGUCGGUCUGUCCGUCCACCAGAUGGUUUCCGGAUGAUAACUCAAGAAUGCUUAGGCCUAGGAUCAUGAAACUGCAUAGGUACAUUGAUCAUGACUGGCAGAUGACCUCUAUUGAUUUUCAGGUCACUAGGUCAAAGGUCAAGGUCACAGUGACUCGAAAUAGUAAAAUGGUUUCCGGAUGAUAUCUCAAGAACGCUUAUGCCUAGGAUCAUGAAACUUCAUAGGUACAUUGAUCAGGACUGGCUGAUGACCUCUAUUGAUUUUCAGGUUAUUAGGUCAAAGGUCAAGGUCACAGUGACUCAAAAUAGUAAAAUGGUUUCCGGAUGAUAACUCAAGAAUGCUUAUGCCUAGGAUCAUGAAACUUCAUAGGUACAUUGAUCAUAACUUGCAGAUGACCCCUAUUAAUUUUCAGGUCACUAGGUCAAAGGUCAAGGUCACAGUGACUCAAAACAGUAAAAUGGUUUUCCGGUUGAUAACUCAAGAAUAAUUAGGCCUAAGAUCAUGAAACUUCAUAGGUACAUUGAUCAUGACUGGCAGAUGGCCCCUAUAGAUUUUCAGGUCACUAGGUCAAAGAUCAAGGUCACAGUAACAAAAAAAAACAUAUUCACACUAUGGCUGCCACUACAACUGACAGCCCAUGUUGGGGACAUGCAUGUUUUACAAACAGCCCUUGUUUUAUCCUUUUCUAUUAUUUAUGGUUUUAUCAUAUGCAUGUAAAUAAAUGCCUAUUAUUUAGAGAUAUGUAGAUAUUAACUUCUCCGGUAAAACUUGUUUUUGUUAGAUGAGAAUAAUUUGGUUAGAGCAUGCAGACAAAAAGUUACAAUAAAAUAAAGCUUUCUCACAUACUGUAUGUUGUAUGUGUAAUAGUUUGUUGUACCAUUAUAUUAUUGAUCAUAUGCACAUGUACACUCUAUACUAAAGCUAUAUAUUGUUUUGAGAAGUUCAUAACUGUAUGUAAACCAACUUUAAAAAAUUCAUUUUAGGCCUAUUCAAAACAUCAUCUGUUUCCACUAACAUUGCAAAAGGGGUUGGUAUUUCCGUGGAACUUUUUUGUUUAUGAUAACUUUAUGUCUCUAAUACGUUUAAUAAGGAUAGACAAUGACAUGCUGAAAUCUUCUGGAUCUCUAACUUUCUUUUUUAGUUAUUUUAGUUCAUUGAAUAAAAGUUUAUUUAGCGAAAAUGAUCUAAUGAACCAAACAUUAUAACAAUCAUAGUGACUAUGAUCGAAUUCAGCUUAAAUGCAUGAUCCAAAACUCAACCAGAAAUUAAUUAACCAACCCAUGCGGCAAUGCAAAUUGCAAUUAGAGGGUGUAUGUAAAGCUCAAUAAGAUCAAUUAGAAGUGUAUUAUUUAUAUCAAGGUUGAUGGGUUCGAUUUUGCUGUAAAUAAUGUCAUUUAUAUUUUAUCACUGAGUGGCAAUAAGUGUGCAGCCAGUCCGGAACCUUAUGCUAGUGAUUUUCCAAGUGAGCUAAAAGGACCGUUUACACAGCUUAUAAAAUCAUUACUGUUGACAUACUUUCAUCCACAUGUGCACCAUGAUAAAACUGCAGGUACAUAUGUCAUUUAUUGGUUUCUGUUUAUUUUUUAUGGUUAGAUUAAGUUGCUACUUCAGGAAUUCAAUUUAAACUUCAAUGACCAUGUUCCUAUUCUCCGAUCUGCAAUUUGGCAGAAUUAUUCUCUUUUUGUACACAAUAUUUUUCAAAGCUAACUUUUGUCUGCACCAUCUUAAUAAUAACCAUUGCUACAACAAAUAUUUAAAUAAAUAUUCACUGUUAAGCCCACAGGAGCAUGAUGUGUGGUCACCCAAUGUCCUUAGUUGUGGUCUGUUAUCUUUCAGCUUGUAGACACUCAACAAUAGUUUUAUUCAAAUCUCAACGAAACUAAGUUAGAAUGAUCAUCUGGACAAUAGCUACUUGUAGGUCGAUUUUAAAUCUGGGUCAUGUGCAUUCACAAAAUCAAUCACAAUUUCAAAUCGUAGAAAAUGUCUUGUAAGCACUAUAGAGAACACAUCCAACCUCUAAAAAAAAUUGGGUUAGAUUGUUUAUUUUAUCAAUAUAUUGGGAAAAUUAAACAAGAAGGCAUGAAAGGCCCAAAGUCGCUCAUCUAAUAUAACAAGAUAUUAUUAGGACAAAUCUUCUGACCAAGUUUCAUGAAGAUCGGAAAAUAAAUGUGGCCUCUAGAGUGAAAACAAGGUUUUACAAUAGCCAUAUAAGGAAAAAUGCCCCGCCCCCUGGCAGCCAUGUUUUUCAACCAACCCGCAUCAUUUUUUAAAUCUUCCAAGAUAUUAUCGUGAUGAAUCUUCUGACCAAGUUUCAUGAAGAUCGGGUAGUAAAUGUGUCCUCUACAGUGUUAACAAGAUUUUACUAUAGCCAUAUAAGGAAAAUGCCCCGCCGCUUGGAAGCCAUGUUUUUCAAGCAAACAUAAUUAUUUUCGAACUCAUCCUCUCUCUCUCUCUCUCUCGCUCUCUCUCUCUCUCUCUCUCUCUCUCUCUCUCUCUCUCUCUCUCUCUCUAUCUCUCUAUCUCUCUCUCUCUCUCUCUCUCUCUCUCUCUCUCUCUCUCUCUCUCUCUCUCUCUCUCUUGUCCAAAUUCCGCUUGCGCACAACACAUUAAUACAUUACAUAUUUUUAGUAGUAACGGAUAAAUAUUGAUGGCACUUAUAUUGUGUUAUUUAUUUUUAUUCCUAUUUACAUUUAUCUGAACAAAAAAAGUUCGCUCCAUAUACUAUUCGGGGCUGCUUUGCUGGUCACUUUUCUGCCAUAGGGCCCACAGUGAGGUUUUCUAUUUCUAUUAACGGCGACUUAAUGCAUAAUUUAUGAAACGCAGAUAUUAAACACACAAUUUUAUGUCGUGUUUUUAUAACUAAUUCAAGAUUUCGAAGAUGUAAAUUGCUGUAAAUUGUGUUUUACUAAAAUUGUAUUGUUUUUAUGUUCAAAAUAAAAUCACGCCGAUUAAGAACAAGAGACUAAAUAAUAAAAGACGCAUGUCGAAAAAAUAUAAGAUUAUUUCCUGAGUAGGAAAAGGUUAAAGUUUUCUUAGCAACGUACGAGUAAAUGUUUCGGAUUGUUAAAUAAAACUACUCUUAAAAAGUUAUCUUUUAUGUCAAUGAAUUAAGUUUUUUCUUGUUCUCGUCUGAAAAAAACGUACACCAGCAUCGUACACAAUAGUUUGCCUUCGGAGAUGCAGUGCGAAUGGGAAACGCUUCACAUAUUUCAGUCUUGAAUGCCAAUAGACUCACUAAUUUGUAUGUAUAGGACUAACAAUGAAAUGGAUAUCUGCCAAUGCAUUUUACGUGGUUUGUUGUAAAUAUUUUAGUAUCCAGUUUUUAAAGCAAAACAAUUUAUUAUUUAUAUUAAGUCUAAAUCAUGUAUGUGUUACGUUUUACCAUUUAUUACGACCAAAUUAAAUUUUAAUGUAUUUUUAA